UAUGCAUAUGUAUAUCCAAUCGAAACUAUCUUAUAUCACAGUUAGUUACUAUGCUGGCUAAUACGCGGUUAGUGUCCAGUACUAACUAACGCGUAGUGCGCAUAACAUAUCUGUAUAUAAGACGUUUGUUUCGCGUUUUUCGCAAUGACGAUUCUGUCGCUUUUCGGGCGAAUGUCCUAUAUUCUGAGUCAGUCCAUUGGAGAAUGCAUUGUCAAUGCAUCGCCAAAAAAUCCUUUGGGAAAAUUUGUUAAACAUCGACACUACGCAACUACUAUCAAGUUAAAAAUAGAUUCGCAGAAUGUAGUAAGUAGUAGAUUGCCCGACGUAAGUGGCUUCGAGAAUAUUUAUUUGCACGACCUCAUUUGGGAAAAAAUCGGAAGAUGGUCAAACCGCACUGCUCUGGUGUGCGUAAAUACUGGUAGAUCAUAUACGUAUGGCCAGUUGAGAAAAGCAUGUGGCAAACUAGCAACGAGUUUAAGAAAAUGCAAGUUUCUGCCGGGAGAUACCAUCGCUAUUAUUUUACCAAAUAUCCCAGAAUUUGCCAUCAUCGCACUAGCGGCAAAUGAAGCCGGUUUACGCACAACUCUGAUUAGUCCUGCGUACACGAAGUAUGAGAUAAAAAGGCAAUUGGAGAACGUGGAAGCUCAAGCAAUCUUCACAUUUCCAGCUAAAUAUGUUGACAUCAAAGCAAGUAUUGAGAAAAAUUCCAAGAUAAGAUUACCAAUUGUUAUUGUGAACGAUGGGACUGACGCUAGCUCAAUCUCAGGGACAAUCAAAUUAGAUGACCUCAUGCGCGAGGACAUUGAAGAUUUUUCAGUUAGUCAAAAAACUGGAAUAAGUUGCGAAGAUACAGUAUUCUUGCCUUAUUCCAGUGGCACAACUGGUUUGCCGAAAGGCAUUGAGACGUCCCAUAGGAAUAUUGUUGCAAAUAUUCUUCAAAGCGCGAAUCCGAUGUUCUCCCUUGGAGAAGCGAAUGAACACUAUCAGGAUAUUAUACCGCUAAUAUUACCAGUACAUCACUUUUUUGGGUUAAUAGUUUCUUUGUAUUAUUACUUGCGAAUAGGUGCUAAGCUGGUGUGUCUGCCACAAUUUUCCAUAGAAGGAUUUACAAAACUGCUUGAAAAUCAUCGAUGUACAGUACUGCAUGUCGUACCACCGAUCGUACAAAUAAUGACGCAAAAUGAACGAAUAACGUCCCGUCACGUUGAAUCUUUAAGAUUGAUACUGUCAGGAGCUGCACCGCUUGGGGAAAAAUCUAUCGCAAAAUUUCAAAGUCGUUUCACUAAUGCCAUGAUCUUCAGACAAGGAUACGGCGCGUCGGAACUAUCCCCGAUUGCUACAAUCGGUACUGCAGAUGUAUCGCCGACAUCGUGCGGUUAUUUGAUUCCAAAUACACAGAUGAGAAUUGUAAGCACGCAAGAUGAUACUCCCGGCAGAAAUUUAGGUCUGCGCGAGGUAGGAGAAAUAUAUAUACGGGGUCCGCAAGUGAUGAAAGGGUAUUACAAAAAUCCUAAAGCCACAGCAGAUAGUAUGGAUGGAGACUGGUACAAGACUGGUGAUUUAGGAUAUUAUACCGAAGAUGGCCUAUUAUAUGUGCAAGGACGAUUGAAGGAGAUGAUAAAGGUAAAAGGAUAUCAAGUCGCACCCAUCGAACUUGAAGAAGUGAUUCGUAAUUACCAUGAUGUACAAGACGUCGCCGUCAUUGGUGUGGCACACGACAAUUAUGGCGAAAUUCCAAAAGCUUUUGUAGUUCCUAAGUCAGGGGUAAAAAUUAACGAGAACGACCUCAAAAAAUUUGUCGCUGAACGUGUAGCCAAGUAUAAACGAUUAGGAUAUAUACAAGUUAUAGAAAGUAUUCCGAAAACUAUAUCUGGAAAAAUUCUUCGAAAAGAACUUAAAAAUAUGUAACUCAUUCUUCAAAUAUUGAAUCUCCAUAGUCGAAUUGAUAAGGAAUUUAAAGGAGUAAAUAUUGGAUGAACAUCGUCACAUAUAUAUUAAUGCGUUAUGAUUAAGAUUAUGCUUAACAUUAACAAAAAUGUUCAUUAUUAUAAAAAGUGACUAUCCUUCUGUC